AUGGCUGGUUUAAAGGACGUUGUCACCCGUGAAUACACGAUCAACCUACACAAGAGACUCCACGGUGUUUCCUUCAAGAAGAGAGCUCCAAGAGCCGUCAAGGAAAUCAAGAAGUUCGCCAAGCUGCACAUGGGUACUGAAGAUGUUCGUUUGGCCCCAGAAAUGAACCAAGCCAUCUGGAAGAGAGGUAUCAAGGGUGUUGAAUACAGAAUGAGAUUGAAGAUCUCCAGAAAGAGAAACGAAGAAGAAAACGCUAAGAACCCAUUGUUCUCUUACGUCGAGCCUGUCUUCGUCGCCUCUGCCAAGGGUCUACAAACCGUUGUCGUCGAGGAAGAUGCUUAA